UUAGUUUUGGGUCUGUCUGCCAUCAUGAACACAUCUCUCCCUUCAGGUCCUGCAUCUCCAGAGCUCCAGAGAAACAGAGAGGACUUUCCUGCUUCGCUAGACAAACUACGGCAGCUGAUAGAAGACAAAGUUCACGUCCUACAAUCCCCCUUCGCUGAGGAGCAACAGGGUUUGGUGUGUGAGGAGAGCACAGGGAGAGGAGGACUGUGGAGGUUUGCCAUUUUGAGCGAGGAGCUGACCUUUCACCUCAAGCAGCUGCAGAGACAGACAGAGCAGGAGCUCCGCAACAUACACACACAACUCUUGCAGAUCGAAGGCCGCCAGCAGCCGCUGACCACUGAGCUUCUAAAUCUUCAGGAGAAGAAGAAACAGACCGAACAAGAGCUAAAGAGGAACUCCAGUCUUCAGACGUCCACUUUUCAGCUGUGUGCAUUUCGAGAGCUUCAGGCCUCCAUCACCGAGUGUUUGCUCCAAUCAGAGAGGUUGGUGUUCCAAGAAGAGGCACUGAUCACACUCCGUAACCUGCUGACCCAAGACCUGCACCGAUACCAGGAAGAGACGCAGAGACUCACCUGUUUCACACAGAAGAUACUCAAACAGUCCAACAGAGGGGAAGCGUUCACCAGCAGACAGAGUGACCACAGCAUGCAGGGAAAGAACGAGACAGAAACAGAAAACAACAUGCAUUCACCCGAUUCCACUUCGUCCCAGUCACCAAUUAGUCCUCACCAAACCACCAAUGAAGAAGAGGCAAAGCAGGCCUGGAGUGCCAAUCAUAAGAAACCAGCUGCAGGUCUGUCCCGUGGUACAAACCUGCGCCGAGCCGGCAGCGUCAAAGACCUGAUCAAUAAGUUCUCUGGUUCAGAUGCCCCACAGAGCCCCACCUCUGGAGCAGGGAAAGUCGCAAAAUCUCCUUCUGCAGAGGCUCUUGAGUCUCCAAAGUCUAGGUCGAGUCCAUCCACACCAAUUAGUGUCGGACAAGAUGAGGUUCUAGUUCCCAGCAUCACUGUGACGCCUCCGUUCAGGGAGACCGGUCAGAAUGUGGCUCGAUCAGCUCAGAGAAGCACCAGUACUAGUCAGAUCACUGCGAGAAUUGAUUGUCCAGUAGGAAGCAGCGCUAAGAAGACUGACUCAGAAGCAAAGAACAAAAUGCAAACCCCAGUCUCUGGUAGAGACUCGGUGGCUGACUCCGGCAUGGGAUCGGAGUCUGAGUUUGAUUCAAACAAGCAGCCCGACAGCCCGUCUGAGGAUGAGCCCACCACACCCCGAGCCGUGCCACCCACCCAGAACCCGAAAUAUCAGCUGUUCCUCAACAAGGAGCCCAAAACCAACGGGUUGAGCGGCAGGGAUGCAGAUGGCCCAGGAGGCGGCGGGACGGUGGGGGAGAACGGCCCCAGGCUGGCGCGAUGGGAGACCAACCGGCUGGGGCUGAACCACUUUAAAGGUUCCCUGGAGUCCCUGGCCUCACGGGACUGGGACACUACGUCUGACAGGUGGGGUGUUGAGAGCCCUCCCAGAGUGUUCAACAGUCCAUACGCCACGACUUCCUCCAUGGAUUACAACCCCAUGUACCGAAUGUCUGAAUUCAAGGUAACAGGCGGACUGUCUCCUGCCACUUCAGAGAUGAACCUGUACAGCUUCAACAGCCGCAGCACCAGUCCAGUGAGCAUGCCCACGCCAACCCUCGCCUCUUCCCGCCCCCGAUUCUCUGCCUACGACACUCUGAGGAGGAGGAACGAGGUCACCAACACUGUGGUACCCACCACCACCCACUACAGCAUGCGCUCUGCCACUCUGGGAGCACCAAAUAAGAAAGACUACAUAGAGGAGUUGACCAAACAGAUGGACGUCCUCCAGAAGCGUAACCAGUUCCUGGAGGCAGAGAGUGUGGAGAUGGAGAAGGAGAGGAACCAGAUAAGGUCAGACAUGGUGUUAUUUCUCUGUCUUUCUUAUUCUCCUCUUUGCUUCCCCUUUGGUCUCAUUUUCUUUUUCUAUGUAACUGUACCUGUGUAA